GCACUGGAGGAAUGGGUAGCUCAGGCUAUCUUGCACAAAACCAUUAUAGCAGUGGAAGUUUAGGCAGUUCUGGUUUCCUAGCACCAAGUGGUGGAAUCAUGGACCCAAAAAUGGCCUAUGCAUGGCAACACUUGAAAGCUGACUUCAUGCAACCCAGGAUCAAUCACAUCCACAAGGCUGUAAAUCCACUCUUAGAAGCCAGUCGAGUACAGCGGGAGCAGUAUGGCGAUAUCCCGAAGGCAGACAUGAUGGGGCCGGAGUCGGGACUGGAGCUCCUCCACGGCCGUCUCCAGAGGGAUCCCCGUGGCAGCCGCUCAGACCCUCAGAUGGACCAUCUGCGACGAGAGAGGGAGUACAAAUUGGGUAGACAGACUUCCAGUGAACAGGAGAUCCAAGCCAGGCUAAAUGAGCUACCGCUGAUUGUGCGUCAGGAGCGGUACCGAAGACGCCUGGAGCGACAGUCAUCCAGUGAGCAGGAGGGGAAUGGCAAGCAGAGACUUCAACGACAGGACUCGAGUGACCUGGAGGGCUCUGUUAAAGAGGGCUCAGACAAACGAUCAGGGGAUAAGAGAUCUACUAUGGCGGAGAUCGUGGAACAAGUCCAGGAGAGAGAAGCAGCACAUGCCAGAGGAGAGCCCUAUCGGCCUCCAAGCAGCCUCUCUGCACCGGUGACUCGUUUUGAUGGACGCCCUCGUGCCCGAGACCGACCCAAACCACGCAGGAGGCCCCGUCCAAAGGAGCCCGAAGAAAAUCGUCGCUCUCGCUCAGCUCCUGCUACCGGUGCCCCAACGACACCUCAGCCACCUUCACACACUGCACACAACGAAGGCUUCCUGUACCGCAAAAAGGCUACAACCUCUGAUCUUGAAGGUCAACAGAGGAGCCCCACCAGCAAAUCCUGGUUGAAUGUCUAUUGUGUGCUGAAAGAGGGCAAGCUGACCUUCUAUAAGGACGCCAGAAACCACAACACAACAUACAACGGAGAGCCUUCUGUUGACCUUUCCGAAUGCUCAUUCGAUCCUUCUUUGGGGUACAAGAAGAAGAAGAAUGUCUUCAUUCUUCAAGUCAACGACGGAAAUAACUUUGUAUUUCAUGCAAAAGACGAGGAGGAUCUGAAGGCUUGGACUUCCAGCAUCACUACCUGCAUAGCUGAGCACGAGGCCAUGGUCGUGUGGGAUAAGCCCGUCACCUCCGCCAUGGAUGGCGACUGCUCGGAGAGGAAAGAAAAGUCCGAGGGGGACGCGGACGCCAGGUCGGAGAGAUCGGAGAUGGUCGGCGAAGAGAGGUCUGAAAAGGAGAGGUCAGAGAAAGGGGACGGCUCCGACAAGUUAGACACGUCAGAAAUCGCUGACAAGUUGGAGGGCGGGGCGGGGGGCUCCAGCACAUCUGGGAGGAGCAAAUGAAGAUCUUGGGUUGAGUUUUACUGACAAUUGCUGUACGUGGUUGUAUGAAUGAGGAGCAUGUUUGCAGAGCCUCAGUCCAAGAGUUGAGGCACACCGAGGCCACAGUCCACGGACGAGACUAUUCGAACUGUGACUAACUCGUCUCGCCUCCCCUUCACCUGUGGCAGCGCAUCAGUGCUUGCAUUGCGCCACCUGCUGGUAAGUGGAGGCAACGAUGGAGGCUGUGGCCUCUAUUCUCUUGGAUCCAUCUUUCCGUAUGUUAAAAUGACUGAUGCCAUGUCUGUCUGUCUAAGGAAGUUCACAAUAAUGACUUAAAAAAAAAAAACAACUUUUGAAGCAAUAUACUUUUUUAUGUUCUUCUCUCUAAUAGUGAGAGAUGAAAGCAAACAAAACACAAAGUAGUUGCAAAUGUGAACCUGAAUUAUUUGAUAUGAUUUCCCACGCACAUGAGCUUACCCUGUCUUGCACCUUAGAAACGUCAAAAAAAAAAAAAAAAAAAAUACUCAAUCUUUAAAACUUGGAAUCCCACCACAUGGAAAUUAUAGAUUUUUAGCCCCUUUUCCACCAAACAUUGAUUACUUUUUUGUGUGUAAUCUUUGUCAUUUUUGUCGUUUGCGUUUCCACCAGCAAGCAUUCUCACCCCCAUAUUAGGGACAGGACGCAAAUUAGUCUUGUCCCAUUAAGAAAGUACAGCCGAUUAGGGAUGCCCGAGAGUAUUGGCCAAUACAGAUAUCGAUACAAUAUUAUAUAUGCAUGCAGUAUUCAUACAUAGUUGUAUUAUUGUGUUGUGUUGAAUGUUAGAAAAGGUUGAUCAAGGGAAAUUAGUCAAAAAGAGAAUAAUGGUAAAUAGGAAAAGCACAAACCUAUUUAUUAUUAACCUUCUGGAAUGGCCUAUGGUGUCUUUAAAUUGAAGUGGAGUGAUAUAUUUUUUUCUUUGGUCACACCAAUUGGCCACAAUAUUUCAUUAAGUUAAACUCAUGACACAGUUAAUGGUUAAGAUAGGGGAUGUAAUGAUUAUUGCUAUUAAAGAUUAACUGUGUUUUUUUUUGUGUUUUUUUUAGUAUUAAUGAAUUGGAAAUUUUCUAAUCAAGUAGUCAAACAAAUUGUCUCGUUUAGGUUUAUUUGAAAAGCUCAAGCAGUUCAAAAGGCACAGGUCACAUUCUUAGCAAGUAUGGAAGAAAUGCACGCUGAGGAAGGAGCGCUUUGCUCUUUUACAUUGAAUACAAGGUGGGAGAGGGGGAGUAGGCACAGUUUGGUGGGGGGAGAGCAUAUGACGCAACACCAGAGGAAAGUUUAAGACAAUGGGCAUCUGCUUUUCACAGAAUGUGCAUUUCACAGUAAUACUGCAGUCUGUAAUGGCAAACACAAGGAUACAUACAUUUUUUUUACAUCACAUUAUCUUUUUAUAUUAAAGCUAUUGUAAAACCGUUAUUGUUCACCUUAGUUUAAUACACUCACAGGAGAAGCAAGAUAGUGUUGCGAAUGGCUGGUUACCUAGCUUAAAUGCUAACAUGAAUAACAUGUACGCUUAUUGGGAACAUCUUACCCCCAUUAAGAAACUACAUACCCCAACAAAAUGUAUAUAAACACAUUGGGUAAUCUAUUUUUUUUUUUUACUAAAGGAAGCAAAUGAAACACAAAGCUAGCCUUUCGACGAUGUGCAUAACAUUCAGAAAGAUGUCUUAUCACACAAGGAAGAGAACAGGCAUUGGGACGCUUCACCCUUGCUCCCAGUGGUGUAUUAAUGUGUAUGAAUGUUUGGUGGCAAAUUGGCAGUCACGCUUCUGUCAGUCCACCCCAGGUCAGCUGUGGCUACAAAUGUAGCUUACCACCACUAAGAUGUGAAUGUGGAGUGAAUGAAUGAUGGGUUCUCAGUUCUCUAUGAUAGCCUUGAUUGUCCAGUCUAUAGAAAAGCGCUGUAUAAAUCUAAUCCAUUAUUAUUAUUAUGUUGGCCCUGUGAUGAGGUGGCGACUUGUCCAGGGUGUACCCUGCCUUCCGCCCGAAUGCAGCUGAGAUAGGCUCCAGCAUCCCCCAUGACCCCGAACGGGACAAGUGGUAGAAAAUGGAUGGAUGGAUGUUUAUUUUAGAGCUGUCAAGUGAUUCAUUUUUUUAAUCAGAUUAUUAACACUCUAAACUUGUGAUUAAUCAUCAUUAAUCAGGGGUUAUCAUUUGCUUGCAUAGAUACAAUUUAAACAAAUGCUAUUUGCUAGUCAGAUUGUCAUACAGGAAUGCUUUUUAAAUGUUUUACAGAACUGCAAGUCAUUGAUUUGCUCAAAAUAAGUGUAGUAAAAAUUAAUUGCACAUUUUGGGAGUCUUUGCAGUUUGCAAUAAUCUUGCAAACAAGGUACAGUUACUAAUCAAUAAUGUGGCAAACGCACUCAUAAACAACUUAACAUAGUGCACCAUUUACUCUUCUUUAGUUUAAGCAGUUUUUAAAACAAGUUUUUGUACCUUUUCAGAUGACAAUCCUGAUCUCUUAUUUUAUUUGUUUAUUUUGGUUCAAUGCAACUCCAGCUCGUUGUGAUUACAUACAGAUGUCCAACGUUCUCCAGGAAGCAAAAUAAAUUCACAUUCAGUCUGUAGUUGCAACUUGAUGCUCUUGUUUGUGUAGCACAGUUGGUUUAUCCUUGCUGUAAUUGUGCCUCUCCAAAGUAUUGUACGACAGAUCGGCCGUGGUGAUACGAAUGACAUCUUCUUGCAGGACUUGGUCUUCACAGAUGUUAGAUGUCCUGCAUGCGGUGACUGCCCGUUUAGCAAAGGCAUGUGUUUAACUUAACUGUGCUACUUUUGUUGACAACAUUGAAUCAGCAGACUUUGCUAGCGUCGCGUUCUCUUCUGCUUCUUGUCGGUCACUAGCAUUCAUGCUAGCAUGUAGUUAGGACGCUGACUGCUGCUUGCUUUCACCUCAGAGUCUACAAGACACAACAAAGUCUCCAAUAUCCCCGGGAAAAGUCACAAGAUUUGUCGCCAGUUGCUGUUUACAAAAUAAGUUUUCAAGAGGAAUUGACAACACCAUCUUCGAGUGCAUGUUUCGCUUUAAGAUGGUAUUUUAAACUUGAUGUGAGCCGAUGAGAAGAACGUUUGUAGCUGCAAUACCGACAAGUUACCUUAGUUUUAUCCAAAGUUCUGUUUUGAUCACAGACUGCGUCACAAAUGCGUGCGUUUUCUGGGUUAAGGCCCCGUUUACACUAAGCCGGAUAAGGUUAUCCAGGUAAAUCCCACCUAACCUUAUCCUUGUCCACACACAACAAUGCCACCGUUUAAGACCCCCUCCCCCCCUCCGUCCGCCGGCGCAACACAACUUAGUACGCGUGCGCGGAAAAUGCGCACGUCAUAGUCACAUCCAGUGUUGCUUUGUGUGCAAGUUCUUAAAUUAAACUUAUCUGAACAAUAUCCAGUGUUGUGGUAUUUCAAUGAACUGGAAUCCAGUGUGCUUUGGAGCCCUAUUGUAGUGAAUCACACCUGAGCCAUCAUAAAUUAAUAAAACCUUUAUUAGACACGUAAACAAUGUGAUAAAGAACAUUUUACAUCAAUCAAACUAGGGAUCUAGAUAUCUGGUCAGGACACUCCUCACUCUUUUGCCUUCACCUUCAUUGUCCAUUCGUUUUUGGUGACUUUAUAUACUCUGGACCUAGACGUUGAGUACGCGACAUACAUGGUGGACAAUAACUGAUACAGUCUGCUUUGCCAGUCCAAAAGCAAUCGCCGUUUUCCGUAGUCUUCUCUCGAUGGCCAGGUAAUACAAAGCACACGCUACCUUUUUUAUCACAUCCACGGGAGCUCGCAUUCUCGUUGACACUCCUUUGACAAAUGGACAAAGUUUUUCGCUAAGUAGAAUCACAGCUGACAUUCGAAAGUUCUCUUGCCGUCUGAGAAGUGUUGUAUCCCAAAUAGCUGCAAUCGCUUUCUCUUAAGGUAUUCAUGUGUGAUUUCCACAAGCGUCUGUACAUGUAGAAUAAGGAGAAACACGGGCAUGUCUGGAUGACUCGCCUCCAUAUUUCCAGUGGUUACCUCCGAGUUACGAAACCGCUUUAUUAUGAAGCUGGCAAUGUUCUUUCUGACAUCACUUCCUGUGUGGGUGCAGUCUUUCUGGCGUCACUUCCUCUCCGAACUCAGUUUGUAAACCAUCAAUGAGUCCAUACAAAGCUAAGUGCCGGAGAUUCAAGAAAUACACAGCGCUUUUAGCCGUGUAAAAUUUGUCCGAGGAGGGGGACCUUAAAUGCUGGUUUAGUGUGGCUGAAACGGGGCUUAGGCUAAAUAAUUAUUAGUUUAAGGGGUUAAACGACUUAGUGUAGACAUGGCCUAAGCCUCAACCCGGAAGUGAUUAAUCAUCAUUCAUAUUUGAUAACGCGAUAAUGUAUUUGUAUUAAUCACAUGUGUUAACGCGUUAAGGUUGACACCCCUAGUUUAUUUCAUUUCAGUUCCGAAGAUGACUCAUUUAGUACAGAAAUAAAUAAAAUGCACCUGGGGAUAGGUUGAUUGGCAACACUAAAAUUGGCCCUAGUGUGUGAAUGUGAGUGUGAAUGUUGUCUGUCUAUCUGUGUUGGCCCUGCGAUGAGGUGGCGACUAGUCCAGGGUGUAUCCCGCCUUCCGCCCGAUUGUAGCUGAGAUAGGCUCCAGCGCCCCCCGCGACCCCGAAGGGAAUAAGCGGUAGAAAAUGGAUGGAUGGAUGGAUAUUUAGCCUCAUAGCAUUGAUGCUAAUAGCAUGUUGACACUAAAAACACUAAAGACUGAAUACCAAUCCUUCACCCUGAGUUUUGCGCAUUCAUGUCAAACAAGUGGUGUCUUCUAAGGUAAAAGGAAAAUCUAAGUGCCAAAGGGUGUAUAGCCAUCAAAAGGGAAUGUUACGAAGAGGUGGAAAGCACAUAAACGUAAGUCAUUAUAAGCAUUAUUGGUUGUCAUAGUAAUAACACUCAUGUAUUAUCAGGUAUUCAAUCACUUGCUACUCAACAUAAAUAUAGCCAUAAUUUGAAUGUUGCUUUAUUUUGACGUAUCUCUUUGUACGAGCUAGCUAACACACCUCUAGCUCGUAAAGUACGAUGUAAGAUGAGGAACAAAUGUACUACGCUACAAUUUACUACACUUCAUGACUUAUUAGAUGACUAAUCUACUUUCAAAAUUUACAUUGGCUAUGUUUUGAAUGAGUAUUUUCUAAAUCGCUUGUCAUACGAGCGAGCUAACCGGGCUGUGGCUACAACAAACUACCAUGUCAGACUAACAGCGAUCGGACUUUACUACAAUUUACUACAGUUAAUAAACAAUCAGACAAGUAAUCUACUUUUAGAAUUUACAUUAGCAAUGUUUAGAAUGUUGUUUUUAUUUGGAAAUAGCUCUUCUCACAAGUUGUAGCUAGUAAACUAUGACAUCAGACUAGCAGCAAACAGACUUCACUACAAUUUACCGCAUUUAAUUUAUUUCAGAAUCUACAUUAUUCAUGUUUGGAAUAUUGAUUUUUUUUAUUUUAAAAUCACUCAUCUGCUAAAAAUAUUUUUUCAUGGGGAUGCACGUAAAGGUCCGCCGGAGGAUUCGGAGGGGCGGGAGACAGCUACAUGACUCUAGAGCAGUGGUUCUUAACCUUGUUGGAGGUCAUAUGCGCAUUCACCGAACCCUUCUUUAGUGAAAAAUAAAAUGUUUUUUUGAAAUUCAAGACAAAGUUAUAGAGGUGGCGACUUGUCCAGGGUGUACCCCGCCUUCUGCCCGAUUGUAGCUGAGAUAGGCUCCAGCGCCCCCCGCGACCCCAAAGGGAAUAAGCGGUAGAAAAUGGAUGGAUGGAUGGAAGACAAGAAUAUAUGUUUUUGGUAACACUUUAGUAUGGGGAACAUAUUCUAAGUAACAGGAUUCAGGAUGCUUUAUUAAUUAUUAUUGUCCAUUCUUUAACAUGUACAAGACACAUAAGAACUGAAAUUACAUUUUCGGCACAGUCCCACUAAGAGCAGACAUACGUUACAGGGAGACAAGACGGGACCGCCAACGGAUCAGCCACUUACGGCGCUCCUUAAAAAGGUGGGAAAAAGGUGAUAUUAGGAAA